UAUCCGCUGAUAACACGUCUGUUGGUCGAACUCGAACAUGCGGAUUGCGGAUGCUCAUUUUAUGCUUGUUUUUUCGACAUAUUUUUUACAGACUAGGUUAAUAAUGACAUUUCACUAAGGAUUUACUGGUUAUUCUGUACAUAUUGUGUUCUUAUAUUCUAUGAUCAACUUUGUACAUUAUACAAGUGUUCAAAUUGAAGUCGCUUGUUAAUUGUUCGUUUAUUGUGUGGCCACGUCCGCUCGCCUCAGGAAAACUAUGGGCGAAUUUUGAUCGAUCAUUGCUAAUUGAGUAUAAAGCCUUAUAGUCCAGAAGUCAUCAUGAAUGUAGAUGCACCUAUAGAGCAGCUAGUUCAACAGCUUGCUAAUGCUGUUGAUCUAACCAUGGACCCAUUGAUGUCACAAGAAAAGCGUCAUGAAGCCUACCGUCUAUGUGAUAGUUUUAAAAAUGAGUUUCCAUUAUGUAUUCAAUGUCAGUGUGCUUUAUAUUUUACUAGUGACAGUGCACAAUACACUGAUAUUGUUCGACAUUUUGGCCUACAACUUAUGGAGCAUUGCAUUAAAUUUCGUUGGUAUCAAAUGGUACAAGAAGACAAAUUGCUAAUUUUUAAUACCAUCAUGAGCCUGGUCAAUUCUGCUUCACCCACACUCCAAAUCAACUAUUUGAAAGAUGCUCUUGCUAGAGUUGUUGUAGAAAUGAUCAAAAGAGAAUGGCCUCAACAUUGGCCUGGAAUGUUAAAUGAAUUAGAAUAUGCUACAACACUGGGCUGUUGUCAAACAGAAACUGUUAUGUUAAUAUUUUUGAGGUUAAUUGAAGAUGUUAUCUUAUUGCAAACCAUUGACAAUGCGGCUAGGCGGCGAGAUAUUAGUAAAGAACUUCAACUGAGUAUGUGUAAAAUUUUCCCAUUCUUUAUAAAUGUAAUUGAUAAUUAUUGUAGACAAUAUCUAGAAUUCUUAAGUAGAAAUGAACAAAAUGCAGCAACUGCACUUAUCAGAGUAAUACAGCUUGCAUUGGCUAAUAUUGGAGAAUUAUUUGAAUUUAUUCAACUCUCACAUGUCAAUUUUAAAGAUUGUUAUAUUAUCACUGUCUUGUGCUCUUUAUUAGAUGAUUUUAAUUUUAGACAACCUGCUGUUGAUUGUUUAUCCAUAUUACUUUCAAGAAAAUGUAAAAACGAAGAAAGAGAAUGUGUUGUACAAUUGCUUGAUCAACCUUUACAACAGAUAUAUAUGGUAGUACACAAGGCAAUCAAUCAAGAAGCAAAUGAAGAAAAUAACAUAUUUUUAAAAACAUUAUCCAAAGUUGUGUCAAUGUUAAGCUCUGUAUUAUGUGCUUUCUGGAAAGAUAAUAAAUUGCAUAAUUUUAACAUUGAAAAAUCUGAAAAAAUACUUUUUUGUUAUGUUGACUUAUUACAAGAUUGCUUGGUCCAUAAUUCAUUGAAUGUUAUUACAAAUAUUAAUCAAGCCUGGUGUACAUUAUUUAAACAUACUGAAAUCAGUAAGAACAUUUUAUUAAAACAAAACUACAUUCCAAAAUGGUUUUUGUUAGUGUCAAAAAAAUUAAUUAAGAUAGAUUACAAAAACUUAGACUCAUUCACCUUACUUGAUUUUACAGAUGAAGAAAGCUAUAAUACUGUUUUUUAUCAUACCCGAUCAGAAAUUGUUGAAACAAUUAGAUAUGCUUCUGCUAUUGAAAACACUAUUAUGUUUUCAGUUACAGAAAACUUACUCAAAUCAUGUAUGGAAAAAACCUCAAUAAGGAUGAAAGUGAUUCCUAUUUGUGAACAAGAUUCUCCAGAGUUUCUCGAAUGGGAAGUAAUGGUGUUAAUAUUAGAUGGUGUCAUUAGUAAAUUAUCUUUGACUAUGGAUUCUGAAAUUGUUAGAAGAGGUUUGGAGCUAAUUGAAUUGUGUUUAAAAUUUGAUACAAGAGAUCCAUUAAUAUUAUCAUUUCUUCUUUCAUCUGUAUCUGCAUUGUUUGUGUUUUUAACUUCAACAGCCUGGCCUUCAGAAUAUCUUCAUGUUACACUUAAUAAAAUGUGUGAAUAUCUUAUACUCGAGUGUCAUCCAGAUGAUCAAUUGUUUGUUCCACUUAAAGAUUUAAAAUUUCACUCUGCUUCUUUGUUUAUAAAACUAAGUAUCAAAUUUCCAAAUCUAUUACUACCAGUUUUUGAUAAGCUGUGUUCGUUAAGUGAUCAACUUCUAUUAAAAACCAGUAAAACAGGUGAUAAUCUCGCAGUAUGUUUACGUUUGCAAGAGUCACUUCUAGUGUUAAAUAAUCAUGUGCCAGAUUUCGAUAAACAAGCUCAACUAAUUAAACACAUUUUAGAACCUUGUCAAUUAAUGUGGCAAAAAGUACAAAGUAUUGUUUCUGGACGUCCUGAAGGAUUAAUAGCAUAUUUAGGCCUUGAUAGGCAGCCAGUUGAUUUUGAAUCUGAUCCAUGCCUGGAAAAUCGAAAUCAUCUAUCUCAUUGUAUUAAUGUAUUAGCUUGUGUUAUGACUAGAAGCAACAUAAAUUCAAACUUAUCAAAAAUCCCAAAUGUUUCACCAGUUACUGAACAUGUCUUAUUACUUCUUCCAAAUGUGUUUUUAAUAAUAAAAAAUUUAAACUCUUUAUGUUCAGAUAAUGUGAAGAAAAUGAUGCAUCCUAGUUAUAGUUCAAUUUUACAGAUAUUCCCUCAAGAGCGGGAAGCCUUACUUGGAAAGAACAUUGUGUCUGAGAAAAAUGAUCCGUUUCAGAUGUUUAGACCAAAACCAAAAUCCGAUCCCGUGUACAAAGUGAAACUAGCUAUUUUAAAUGCUUAUGAAGGGUGUUUAAAUGUCUUGGGAAAAUCAUGUUUAUUACUUGGAGAUCAAUUUUACGCUCUACAAAAUUUUGCUCCAAGUUUUGAAGCAACAAUAAUGAGUGAUGCAGAUUCUUUACCACAUGUACGCAUUAGAAUUAUUAUGAAGAGUUUUAUUAAACCUUUUCUAAUCAACUGUUCAAGUAAAUACUACGACACUGUUUUGAUUCCUAUUCUAAAUUCCUUUUUAGCUCAUAUGUUAAUACGUCUAAGUGUAACUUGGAAAAAUAUACCAGAACGAGAAGAAUAUGAUAAUAAAGAUGGAGAUUCUGAAGAGCUAUUAGAAGAUAUGAUGAUUCGGUUAUUAACUAGGGAAUAUCUAGAUUUAAUAAGAUAUAGUUUAACUAGUUCUAAUGAAUCAAAAACAAGUCCUCAUGGAAGUGUGGAAGAAAUUCCUAAUAGUGAUUUAUCUGAAUUAGGUAUAAAAUUAUUACGAAAUGAACAAUCAAGGCACCUGAUUGUAGGAAGUAUUUUAAAUGGUUUGUCGUGGAAUACAUCUAUAAGUCAAUUUUGGAAGACAUGUCAAAUAUUUCAAUGGGAUAAUCGACCAGUCUUACAUCCCUGGUGUGAUAGUCAGUCUAGUUAUAAAGCAACAUAUUUAGCUCAAAUUGUUGUAAGACAUUUAGCUAUCGAAGAUGAAAGAACUGCUAUGACAAUUGCACCUGACUUAUUAAUAGCAGUCCUAGAAAGUCUUCACUGGUUUGGUCAUCACGAUUCUAAUAUGGGUCCUCUUUUAGCUACAUGUCUUAACAUAUAUGAAACUUAUCGUAGUAAAAAUGAUCAGUUAUUAGGAGUAUUAAGAAAAUUACCUGAGAUCAAUUUGGAAACUUUGGAGCGUUUUGAUAAAUGGGUAAUGAGCGAGGACUCAUUAAACAAUAAAGUAAAUAAAGGUAAACGAGAAAUGUUAAAAAAGAUAUUGGCCGGCUGUAUUGGAAAAGACGUGAGCCAAACUCAUAAGUGCAAAGCUGAACUCAGAGACUUGCCCAAAGUUAAUGUUCCAAAGAUUUGUACAACAGAUUUGUUAGAAAAUGGCGAUGACUUGAAUAUAAAUAAUUUACAAGAUUACAAGUUGUAGAUUUUAUUUAAUAUACAUUAUUUUUUAUUCA